UGAUCAAGAGUUUACCUGGUGAUUUUGGCCUGACAACAUGUACACAAGUUGACACAAACAGGUUUGAAUGGCUACUAAAGGUACCAUCCUCAUCUGCGAUCCGUUUCCUUGUAAUCAGUGUGUGUGUGUAAAAGGUCAGUGAGUUUCUGGGCUCCUGACUGACCCUCUUUCAUCCAGUGCUGCACUGAUGUUUCUGGAUUCUGAGUCAUGGAGAAAGCAAAAGUUUUGCCAAAGAAUCUGUAGAAAAAAGGGAAUUGAACAAACAACAGGAAAGAGAUAUAAAAAGAUAUCCAAGGAAUUAAGAAUGUCAAUCAGCAGUGUUCAAAACUAAUUACGAAGUGGAAAAUGAGAGUCUGUUGAAAUCAAACCAUGGUCAGGUAUACCAACAAACAUUUCAGCCACAACAGCCAAGAAAAUUGUUCAGGAUGCAGAGAAAAACCCACAAAUAACUUCAGCUGAAAUACAGGACUCACUGAAAAAAAGCGGUGUGGGUGUUUCAAGAUGCACAGUAAGGAGGGGGAAAAAUGGGCUGCAUGGUCGGCAGAAGAAAGCCAUUACUAUGCAAAGGUCACAAAGCAUCCUGAUUACAAUAUGCCAAACAGCACAGAGGCAGACCUCAAUACGUCUGGAACUAAGUCAUUUAGAGCGAUGAGAAAUAUAUCAUAUUGGAAAUAUCAUAUCAAUCAGAAAUGUAUCAAUAUCUCUUAUUGUCUGUAUGUCAUCAAUUGUUGGCAAAGUACGCAUGUGGCCAGAUAAUACAAUCCAGAGUCACGGAUGUGUUCUUGCCCUGCUCAUUUUAAAGAAGGCUCAUCUGAAGGUAACCUGUGUGGACUUAGGACAUCCAGGUGUCCCAGAAUGACACUGACAGAAUCCACAGAGUCCACCAGACAUUGUACUUCAGAGUCCAAAUGUGCAAGUCACACGUUUGAAUUUGUGGUAUUGUGACACGCCCAUGGUCUAGGAGGACGCUGAAUCUGAAGCAGCUAAAUAUUUACACCUGUGCCCCCAUUAACACGUUUAAAACAGUGCUUUGUUCACUUCGAUGUAUUCAGAUAUCUCUGUGGCAUUUCUAUAUAACAAUAAUUACAGUACUUUUUUUUUUUUUUUUUUUUUUUUUACUCUAAUGGUGUUUGUUUGUUUUGGGUGUUUUUGUGUAGUUGUUUGUAUGUUGCACGUAGACUGUCGAUGACAAAGCCAUUAAUAGCCUCGGUGAUCCCAGCUGCGCCUGCCCCCUGCUUGUCACUGAGCUGAGCUCAGGGACUCUUGGCAGAAACUAGCUUGUCAAAGCACUCCUACGUGAAAGAGGCAGAGAUGAGCCGACAAGGUUAUAGCAGUGCUUCUCCGACUGUGAGCUUCUCCACAACAAUAACAGGAAAUGGAUGCUCAUCCACAGAUCUGACAGACGAGGACAUUGACAGUCUGCGUUUUGAACUUGCAAGGACAGAGGAUGAAAUUCAGACCUUGAGGCAGGUACUUUUAACCAAAGAAAAGUAUGCAGCAGAUAUCAGGAGGCAACUGGGACUGAGCCCUCUCAGCAACAUCAAACAGAACCUGUCCAAAAGUUGGCAGGAAGUCCAGACCUCAUCACCAUAUCUUACAGCCUCCGCCACUCUGGAGGACAUCAGCCACUCCAGCGUAUAUGUGAGGACACGAGAUGGUCUCUCUCACGCAGGUCAAGUGACGACCGCAGCGCUGUCAACUGUGGGCGUGGCCAUCACCAGGAGACUGGCAGAAAUGAGAGCUCUGCCUCUUCCAAGCCCACCACGCACCCUGAGCCACACCAUAAGUGUGCCGACUAUGAGACACUCCUCUACAUUCAAGUCUUUGGAAGAAAUCGUUGGAAAUGUGAAAGGCAAAGUGACUGGUGGUCUGACAACUAAUGGAGACACCUCUGGGUUUGAAAGAAGAUCACGCCACAGCACAUGAGAUGAACCUGUCUAACAUCCCAAAAUGAAUUAUGUUCAUACCUUGUGAAGUUAUGAAAGAAUAUUUUGUUUCUUUGUCAGUGUGAAUUUGUUGUUUUUGACUGUUAACUAAAACAUAAUGACUAUAAUAGAAUGUAUCAAAUGUGUGAGGCUUCAACAAAAUACUAUUUUAAUAUGUAUUCCUCAUUAUGAUUCGUAAAUGUAAUUCUGUAUUUAUUCCAGGAAAGUUAUAUUCAUAAAUCAGUAUUAUUCACUUAAAGUAUUUUUGUAAUUUAACGUUUUUCAAUUAAAAUCAAUAGCAUAUUUUA